AUGUUAUUUUUUAUUCCAGAAUGUCAACAACCCAUAGAUCCAGGCACUUGUAACUCACGAUUAUACACCAGAUACGCUUUUGAUUCUCAAUCUCAGACUUGUGUUAGGUUUAUCUAUAGUGGAUGCGGUGGCAAUAAGAACAGAUUCACAUCUCGUAAUGCAUGUAUAAAUGCAUGCGCUCUAUAG